AUGGACCAGCUUCAGGGGAGCCUUUCUAUAGCAUUUUUGGGGAAUAAGGAUGAUGCGAGUGAGAUUGAGAAAGCACAGUUGGGGAAUAAGGAGCACCUCUCCGAAUUGCGAGUAAUUUUCCAGGAAGGAGAUGAAGAGCAGAGAAAAGGUGAUGAAGAAAUAGUGAAAGCAUUGCAACCACAUCAAAAUUUGGAAUCUUUAUCCAUUUUGUAUUGCCAAAUUGGCACCACCGAGUCUCUCUAUUGGAUCAAGUCUUUACGCAAUUUGAGAAAACUUAAUCUCCUUGACUGGAGAUUUUGUGAAUUUUUGCCUCCUCUUGGAAAAUUGCCAUCGCUUGAAAUUCUGGAGAUAGACGGGAUGAAGAAAGUGAAAACGGUGGGAGUUGAAUUUCUGGGAAUAGAAGAAGAAGAAGUCUCAAGAGAUCUAUUCCCCAAAUUGAAACGACUUGAAUUUAGAUUCAUGGAGAACUGGGAAGAGUGGGCCUUUGUUUCUGAAAUCACAAUAAUGCCACGCCUUUCUGAGUUGCGAAUUGUUCGGUGCCCAAAGCUAAAAGCACUGCCAGAGUUCCUCUACAAGAUAACGGAACUGCGUACUUUGGAGAUCAGGGAUUGUGACAUUCUGGAAGGAGAAUACAAAAAGGACGUGGGGAAGGAGUGGCACAACAUUUCUCACAUCCCAAACCUCACAAUCCAAUCUGGAAGGAACUGA